GUUAGGAAUUGUGUAGUCUGUCAUCAAAGGAGAGAAGAAAGGUGAGGGGAGACGUGUAAAACAGACAACAUCCGAAAGGUUCCGUUUUCGUGGGGAAGAAGAUGAAGUCGCUUGUAGUGGCCCAUUUCUCAACGCCUUUAAUCACUUCUACUUCUAGAUUGUUGUUCCCUUUAUGUCUUAAUCAUCGAGCUUCAUUCUCCGCCGUCUCUUUCCCCACCGUCCGCCGCCGAUAUUCUCCUCUCGCCAUGGCCUCAUCAGCUCAGUCCUCUUCUCAGGCUGUGUCUUCCGGGAGUGCCGACAGUGAUACAGAUGUUUUUAAAUUGAUUCAAGCUCACGAGGAGAAGGCUGCUCGUCUUUCCCCAGUCGAAGAAAUCCGAACUGUGCUUAAUGGUAGCCUCUGCGGUAUGCUUUCCACUUUUUCUCAGAAGUAUGAGGGUUAUCCUUCAGGGUCAAUGGUUGAUUUUGCAUGUGAUGCUGAUGGUUCUCCGAUUCUGGCAGUUAGUAGCUUGGCAGUUCAUACAAAGGAUCUUUUAGCUAAUCCAAAAUGCUCACUACUAAUUGCUAGAGACCCAGAGGAUAGGACCGGUUUGAGGAUCACCCUACAUGGUGAUGCAGUGUUGGUUUCUGAAAAAGAUCAAGCAGCUGUUCGAUCUGCCUAUUUAGCCAAGCAUCCCAAUGCUUUCUGGGUUGAUUUCGGGGACUUCAGCCUUAUGCGAAUCGAACCGAAAGUGGUCAGAUAUGUUUCAGGGGUUGCAACUGCUUUUCUGGGAUCUGGAGAAUUCAGCAAAGAGGAGUUCCAAGCAGCCAAAGUUGAUCCUAUAGCUCAGUAUGCAAAGCCUGUAAUGUCUCACAUGAACAAAGAUCAUGAAGAGGAUACCAUAGCCAUUGUACACAAUAUAACAUCCAUACCUGUGGAGAGCGCCUUGAUGCUAGAUUUGGACAGCCUUGGUUUCAACGUUAAGGCUACUCUUCAAGGGAACUCCUUCAAACUCCGAGUUCCAUUCCCAAGACGCGCACAAGACAGAAAGGAUGUGAAGACACUGAUAGUGGAAAUGCUUCAAGCCGCCAAAUCUGUUUCCAAUUAGUUAUCUAAGUUAAAGAUGGAAAAAGCUCUCUACCUUCUGAAUCUUGCUACAACAAGACAAGCUUCCUCCUUUACACAUUCCUUAUCUUUGUAUUGCAAAAGAACAUUCAUUGAGUCCUGUAUAUAUGUUAACAAGACUUUAACUAAACUUAUACAUGGAAAAGUUAUAAAUGGAGAUAUGUGAAUUCAUAUC